UGACCUAUCUCGCAAUUUAAGUGCAAUAUGCACAUAUACAUAUUCAUUUUAAAUUAGUUGGGCAACAUACAGUGUGUCAAUAAAAAUGCGAAACUUUUAGAUUAAUUUAGUUUAGUUUAGUAUACAGCAUUGUGAACAUAUUUUGGUCAUAAUUUAACAUAUUUUAAAUAGAAAUAAAAUAUGUUCAAAUUAGGUUAGACAAGUAAUAGGCAGUCGAUACAUAUACUUAAUUUGUAUCCAACUUUGUGAACUAUUUUAAAUUUUCUCCUGAUUUUGCAAAGAAGCACCACAUUGUACCUAUUUAUGUAUAUUUUUAAGCAUGUACAUAAUACAUCUGUAUAUUGAUUAAUUUAUUAUCAAAUAAAGACGAUACAACCGAAAGGAUAAAAUAAGCUACAUUGAAGAAAAUCCGACAAACAUAAUUUAGAAGUGUUACAACAUACACAACAAUUUAUUUAAAAUUAAAGUUAAAAAACAUAUCGGAGUGAUUUCACAGUUAUACCUAUAUGAACUUUUACGUUUUGAUUGAUUAAGUUUUAAUGGUAUGCAUAUACAUACAUACAUAUGUUUAGUAAAAAAAUAAAUAACAAACAAAUAGAAGAAAAUUAGUACGAAUAAAAUGUCUUGGAGAGUUCGUCACUUUUUGAAACAAGUCCGUGAAAAUAAAGAGGGUGAUGAGUGUAAAAAAAUAUUUACACAAAACAAAGAUAUUUUUAAAGAGACAACCUUAAAAGCCAAUUCAACUAUAGGUAACCAGCUUGUUACAUUAUCUGACUCACCGAAGCACAACGUAACUGAAAAUCAAUAUCCGCUAACAUCUUGUUUUGAAACCAACGAAACUAAGAAUGAUUUUGAGAUUUUGUCACCUCUUAGUACAUGUUUGGAGAGUCGCUUUAGUCCCUUAACCACUUAUAAAGGCAAAUAUAUUAACUGGACCAGAAGACACAGUGAUUUGACAGCAGAACCUUGGUGCAGCAUUAGUGAUAUAAUAUAUUUUUGUGACAAAUAUGAAUACCAAACGUUGAGUCUUAGCGACCCCAGGGAAAAUAACAAAAUUGUUUCCGAGGUCAAAGUUCUUUUAACUGAUGGAAAAGCUCCGUUUGACCUAUGUAAACGUUUUCCAGGAAAUAUACAAAAGCCAGAAGAUUUGUGGAUUUGUAUUGGUCGUUGUGCUAGUGUUGAAUAUCAUCUGAAAAAAAUAUUGAGCCUGUUUUGUAGACCUCUAGCCCGGCUGCUGGUCGAUAAGCAACGCGUGCUAAGACAAAAUUUUCACUUGGCGGUGAGUGAAUUACGUUUGGAUAUAUCAGCUCACAUUAGUACAGUUAAACUGUAUGACCGAAAUAUAUUCGAACAUGAAUUUCAACUACGAUGGGAAGACACAAAAUAAAAUGUUUGGUAUAACUUGAAAUAAAACUCUUCUGUACUUGAUUAUAA